AUGGCGCAAAUCCCUACCCCACCAUUAUCUCGUGAAUCCUCUGUCCAACCUGUAAAGGUGGCCGGCUAUGUUUCGGAUGACAAGGUCCAACAGCUGGACAAGCUUUUGGAGCACUAUCUUCAAUUGAUAGAUCGUCAUCAGAAGUUGCAAGAACAAUUAGGAAAGAAUUUGUCCUCGGGGGUCUUUUCGCUUACAUAUGCAAACUACUGCUCACCAACACGAAGAUUUGGCGAAGACUACUAUGAUGAGCGUAUGAAAGCUACGCGGAGAUUAGAAAUUACUUCACAUUCUCUAGCAGGCUUACAAGCUGGCUCGAAGUGGGAGGUGCCUGAAUAUAAGGUGGAAUAUGAAUCGGUUCUACCCCCAAAGGACAAACAGGGUACUUCCCGAUCAAAACAAGAGACCGAAAAGGCGCCGCCUGGUAGUGAAAAGAGCAAUAAUCACGAUGACCAACAGAGCGCUUCGAGUGGGACCGAGGCCGAUGGGCAAGAACCAGAAAUAUUAACACCUUCAACAUCAUCAGAAAGCCAGGACAUCGUCGAUAACGACGGCCCUGAAACUAAAUCUCAAACAGGCGCAAGGAAACCAUUCCGGUCUGACGAUCCUAUAUCCUGGUAUGGCAUUUUAGUGCCUCCAUCUCUGAGGAGCGCUCAAAAGUCUUUCACGGAAGCUAUUGAUAGCGAUAUACCCCAACUCGCGUCGGUGCUGGGGGAGAUGCGAUGUGUUGAGAAUCUUGUUCGUGAACUGCGGAAGGAGAUAGAGGCUACGUGA